AUGAUUUUAGGCACUGAGAGAUAUCGUUGUUCCGAAUGUUCGGAAGUUUCUUUAUGUUUAAAAUGUCAUGCAUUGCCUGAAUCUAAAAGUGUACAUCAUGAUAGUGCUCCGAUGCCUCAUCAAAGUACUCUGGAAUCAAAGUCUGAUGAUGAAUAUUAUAGCUCAAUCAAAGGUGAUAGUUUCUAUGAUUGUUAUAUCAAAAUUUUUAAAUUUUAUUCAACCAGAAGAUGUAUUGGAAUGAUAACUAAAUUUGAAAAUUCAUUUGAAAUUGACAAAGUUCAUUGGAUCACCUAUCAACAACUUUUUGAUAUAUCACAGAAAUUGGGAUCUGCAAUGAAACAACAAAAUAUUGAACUUGGAUCAAAAGUUAUUGUAUCUUUACAUAAUAUUCCAGAUUGGUAUUAUUUUGAAUUUGCACUUUUAUUCUAUGGAUAUACAAUGAUUCCAGUUAGCUCUAUUAUGAGUGAAAUACAAAUAAAGUUAGUACGAGAAAUUUGUAAACCCUCUACUAUAGUGGUUUCAAAAGUUACAUUUCCCAAAUUUGUUGACUCAAUAGAAUAUGAUUAUGUGAAAGCAAUUAUACAUGUUGGUGAUGAUUAUGAUCAAAAUCUUAGAAAUCUAUUAUCACCAUCAAUCAAAUUCUUUGUUUUUUCAGAAUUGAUAAAUUCAAUUGUUGAAAUUUCUCCACAUUCUCCAAUCAUAGAAGGAACUUUAUCAAUAGUUUUUUCAAGUGGUUCAACAGGUCCUUCAAAAGGAGUGGAAUUGACAACUUCAAUAGUCCACGGAGAAAAGUUAACUCCGUUUCCAAAAUUACCAAUUCAAAUGGGAUUCUUGUCUAUAUCAAAUGCCCAAAGAUAUUAUGAUCUUAAAAUAUUUGCCAGUGGUGGAAGAAUAGGAAUAGUGUCAUCAGGGGAAAUGGAGGACUUCUUUAGAGAAAUUGUUAUUUUUAGACCAAAUUUCUUUUGGUGUAAUCCUGGAUUUUUAGAAAUCAAAAAAGAAAAAUCUUUUUGUUCAGAUCAAGAAAUUGAAUCAAAGGCUCUUAGCUCAACAAAGAAUAAGUUAGGAGAUAGAAUACAAUUUGUAGUCACUUCUGGAUCGAUUGUCUCCAAUGACACUUUCGAUUUCAUGAAGAAAUGUUGGGGUGAGGAAAAUACUUUUGAUUUAUAUGCAUGUGUAGAGACUGCAGAAGUAUCUCUUAAUGGAAAGUUAUUUCCCCAUAUUUCUUUUAAAAUAAUUCCAAUUCAAGGAUACUCCAAUGAAUCUUUGAAUCCAAUAGGGGAAUUAUGGAUUCAAUCUCCUAGAACAAUCAAAGAAUAUUACCGCAAUCGAGAAGAAACUCUCAAAGCAUUUAAAGAUGGAUGGUACAAUACUGGUGAUAUUGUGGAAGAAUAUGAACCAAGAACAAUAAGAAUUGUUUCUAGAUCAAAAAACUUUUUUAAAACCUCAAUUGGAAAAUAUGUGUUUCCAGAAAUAUUGGAAAAUUACUUCUUAAAAUCUAGUUUGAUUAAAAACAUAUUCUUCUAUGGUGAUUCUUUCCACCUCCACCUGGUUGCCAUCGUUAUCCCAUCUACAGAUUCAUUGAAAAAAUAUAUGGGAAAAAUGCUAGAUAACAUUGAUGAUAAUGCAGAAUUGAAAAAUGAAAUAUUUAAUGAGAUUAAACAGAUUUCAAAAGUUUCAAAGAUAGGUGUUUGUAAAAGUGAUAAAGUAGAGAUUAUCUCAAAUGAAACAGGUUUCACAAAGACACCGUGUAUUGUUGCAUUUUCAGACGAGAGAUUUGUAGGUGAAUUUGCCAAACAACAGAUAGUUAAUUUGAAUCCAUUGAACAUUAUCUACGAUUGUAAGCGUUUGAUUGGUCGUAGUUUCACAGAUCCAUUGGUGCAAUAUGACAUGAGAAGCUAUCCGUUCAGAGUAGUCAGUAGAGAGAACAACAAACCAUUCAUAGAAGUGAACUAUCGUGAUGAUAUCAAAUCAUUUAAACCCGAAGAGAUCACCGCAAUACUUAUAAAAGAGUUAAAAGACCACACAGAAUCCAUAUUACAACAACCAGUGAAGAACGCAGUCAUUACAGUACCGGUCUAUUUCGAUGAUGAACAUUGUCAGGCUACCAAGGAUGCAGCUGCCAUUGCCAACAUUAGAACCGUCAGCUUUAUUGAAGAACCUAUUGCUGCUGCCAUUGCAUAUGGUCUCCACAAGCGUUCAGGUAAGAAUCAUGUGUUUGUUUUCGACUUGGGAGGACAGACUUGCAAUGCUACAGUGCUCAGAGUUGAAGAUGGCGAAUUUGAAAUACUGUCCACAACCUACGACCAACUUUUAGGUGGUAACAACUUCAACAGUUGUUUACAACAGUACUUGGAAUCCGAAUUCCAAAGACAAAACCAGAUUACUGUGAAUCACAACCAUCGUUCAUUACACCUUUUGAAAAAUGCAUGUGAAAAGGCAAAGAAAUCAUUGUCGACUCUCGCCGUUGCACAUGUUGAAAUCGAUUCAUUCUUGGAGGGAAUAGAUCUUACCUGUACAGUAUCACGUUUGCGAUUCGACGAAUUGACAGUGGAGCUAGUAGAUCAGUGUAUGGAUCUUGUUGACAAGGCAAUUUUAGAGACGAAUAUAGAUAAGGAUACCAUCGAUGAGAUUAUUUUAUCAGGUGGUUCGACAAACAUUGUAAAUAUUCAGACAAAGAUCCAAAACUAUUUCUCUGGUAAGACAUUAAACAACUCUAUUGACCCAGACCAAGUUUUAGCUCAUGGUGCUGCCAUUAAAGCUGCUGACCUCUAUAACAAUAACAAACAGCCUGAAUAG